AUGGGGAAACAUCGCAAACAGCAGAGAAACUCUCAGAAUGAGCUGUCGCGGCGUGGAAAUCCAGCAGAAGGAAGAAUGAGCUCCAGGCGUCCUAGCUUUCCUCCCAUGUUCGCCAGAGAUCAGGACCGCCAUCCCAGAGACGGAGUCUCAUCUGGACAUCCACCCCACGGUUGGACCGGGCCACCAUCACCCUACACCCAUCCGCGCAACUCGACCAUGCAGUUCGUCCCUGGUGUACACUACCCACCUGCCAUGCAGCAGCCUCAGAUACCCUCUCCCGGAAAUGGUCCAGGCUUGCCAUUGCUUCCUCCAUCCGAGAUGAACAUGAGAAUGAUGCCCGCAAAUGUUCCUCAUCCAUACUUUCAGCGGGGCAACGACAAUAGAGGUCUGCGACAUCGCUUGUUCAACGAGGACUAUCGCUACGCGGGUCCGCAGCAGGUUUAUGCCCCGCCUGAUGUCAACGGUCACUUUGCAGAGCACUUGGCGUAUGAGUACGCUGUGCCAAAUUAUGCACCCGAAACCAAUGGACACAGAUCGGAAAAGUUCCAGUUGCGCGGGAAUGCGCCAGUUUUUGUGCCCAGAGUCCAGGCGCUCAGGGAGAAGUCCGACGACGAGAGUGCCGUUUACAGUUCCGAUCAGUUUCGCUCGUCAGACUCUGGCAUCAAGGUCGAAGAAAUGGGCUCUAGGUCUGACGACAGUGGAAGGAUUUCAUCAGGGGAUAGAGUCGCCUGGUUGGUUGUCAGCAGUACUCGCUAA